AUGAUACUUUAAUUCAAAUGUGAAAGAUUACAUUAUUUACUCAAUACUCACUAUGUUGUCAAUGUAUAUAAAGAUAGACUAACUAUUGGCAAAAAUGUAUAAGUUUAUAUUUAUGCAUUUUAAAGAGUCUUCCAAAAUAUGAGUACAAAUUUACAUUAUAAAAUGUGUUACAUUGGUAUAUAGAAGGAUAUAAAAUUCAAGCAUUUGGAAUCUAACACAAAAAUGUUAUCAAAUUCUUUAAAGCUAAUCACAAAGAUCUGGAUUAAUUGAGAGUUGUGUGUAGUAGUCUUAUCUGUUUUGAUAACCUUGCCGAAUUCUAUAGACAAAUAGAUGUAGAUGAUUCUUCAAAAAUAAUGGAUUAAUUUUCUCAUGAAACUUAUACAUUGAAAUUCUUAAACUACGUACAGUUACAAAGACAAGUUCCUCUAUUAAGAUCUUUGAAUCAUCCAAAUAUUCUUAAAGUCAGAGAAUGCUUCAUGUAUCAUCAACGAACUUAUGUAAUCCUAGAAUUUGUUAGUGGAAUGACUUUAGAAAAUUACAUGGUUAAAAAUCCAAAUCUCAGCCAUCUCUAAUGUUAAUCAAUUAUUGUGGUAAGUCUUAAAGUCUGA